UUUCAAGUUAAAGCCAUUUUCCACUUGAAAAUUUCUCACUCACUAUAAAUAGACGAAAAAUUGCAGCCCCGACCAUUUCGUCCCACUCCCAAGCUCACUUCAUCUAUUGUUAUUGUGUCAAUAGUUUUGGACCCUUUUGUUUCGCUAAUACAGGUGACGACCACCGUCAACCAUCAUCAUAAUGGAUGUGUGUAAUCUGAAUCCUUUUUGAACCGUAAGAAGAGGAGAAGAGUAUAAAAGCGGGCAAGUCGAUUGCGUAGAGCCGCAAACAGAGCCAAGCUCUCAACGAGGAUGCCAUGGUUGACCCCUUUAACAGCAGCGCUGGCGCUGCUCUUCAUCCUGGUCAGCUAUGGUGGUGGUGGUCGUCGUAUUGCUGCUCAGAGCUAUGGAUACGAUGAGGAUUACAAUUCUAAACUACUAUUGAAUGCUCUCUUUGGAGAGCCAGUACAAAGCAAAGCUGAAUCCAAAGGCGAAACGGAGACACCAACGGAAUCGGAAUCACUGGUCUUGCCACAUCAGUACUAUAAUGAUUUUUAUGAUGACCUUAUGGCCAGUAAACGAAACGAUGUCCAUUCGGCCGGCUGUGAUUGUAAAGUUACGAACGAACUAAUCGACUUGGGUAAUCUCCAUUUUCCGCGCUAUCUAAUGAAUGCCGUUUGUGAAUCUCGCCCACAAAACGUUAAGUGCACACAUGGAUCCAAUUGCCGUCCCUUGGAGUAUAAAGUGAAAGUGUUGGCCUCCGUAGCGGAUAAUCCUGGUAGAAACACUCCAUCUUCCUUGACGUCGUCCUGGCUACAAAAAGGUCCAGGCCGUGGCUUCUUGACGUCUUCCUCUGCAACCGCCUCAACCCAGUUGUGGCAAUUUAAGACCGUUACUGUGACCGCUGGCUGUUUCUGUGCCAAAUAAAAUACUUUAAUUCUUAUAUAUUUUUCUUCCUGAAUAUAUUAAAGCGCCGAA